CGUCUUGUCAUCAUUCUUUCCGCAGACUUACCUCCUUUAAAUGACAAUUCUUCCUCUUCAGUUUUUGGUGUUUUAGAACGUCGCCGACAUCUUCGUUUGCACCAAUUCAGAAAAGCUUUUCUUUUUGUUUGUGAACAUGUUGGUAUUCGAAAUGGAAUACAAAUCUGGGCAGAACAAAUGCAUUCUGUUACAAGGGAUUGUUUGGCAAGAAAAUUAGCAGAUGAACAAAUGCCUUCUCCAAAUUAUGGACCUACUACUGCUGUUUCACUUUCUACUUUACCUGAAAUGAAUGUUGGACGUUUUUUCGAUUUUAUGUUAUCCAUUACAAAGCCAAAGUUUUUUAAUUUUUUAAAGAAAAUUUUGUUUAUUUUUAGUCUGUGUAUUUACAAUCCUUCUGAAUCAACCUGGCGUUCUGUUUCUGAUCGCAGCUUGAGAUUUGCUUAUACAGGAUUUGCUUCGUUAGAAAAUUGGAUGCUUUCUGGCCUAGCAACUCUUACUGGCUUAAUUCUCCAUAACGAAAUUAAUGCUAUUUCAAAAAAACUUUCUUCAAAAAAUUUUACUGAUAUUUUGAAUUCCUGUUCCAUCCAGCUUGAUCUUUCAUCAAUUCAAAAACAUUUUAAUCAAAAAAAUGUCCCCUCCACCCAAUUCGCUAUUGAUGGAAAUUCCAAAGAAUUUUUUCUUUCAAUUGCAAAAAUUGGGCAGCUUUUUAUUCUUCUUGCCAAUUUACACAUAUUUGUGGAUGCUGAGGUUCAAAGUCAAUUAGGAGUUGUAUGGAAGGCAGCUAGGGAAUUUUGGAGUUCUCUUGAAAUUGAUGUUUCUUCGACUUCUCAAAUACCAGAACUUUCUGAAACACUUUAUCUCCGUUCAAAUGAAUUAGUCGAUUUAUUACCAAAAUUUGUUUUUAUUAAAUCUUCAAAGUCCCAACUUUUUUUAUUGGCUACUUUACUUCAUUUUUUACAAUUUGGAAGCACAACAAUUUCUACAAAUAAAAGGCGGGAAUUUUUGGACAGUUUUGCAGUAAUUCAAGGAUGUUUUUUGUUGUUAAAAGGAAAUGGGUUAAUUUGGAAGAAUUUGCCCUAUUUAAAUUUUAAUAAAAAUUCUAGACUUCCUAAAUUUUUAUUUAAUAAUUAUCCCCUUAAAAUUAAAUAA